GGCGGGGCGGGGCAGACGCAGGCGGCCAAGGCCCGUUUCCGGCGGCGCCGCGCGUUUGCUAACCUCGGGUGGUCCUCAGGGAGGGUCUCUCGGCCAGAACACGUGGAUGCCCACCCACCACUGAGCCUCAUGGUAGGAAGCUUGACUGCCUCCUCCUCCUCGCUUGUCCUGUGAAGGCCCACCUCCUGCUCUGCCCACUGGGCCUGGGCUCAGACCCUACCUUGGCCCUUGCUGGGCUUAGGAAGGCCCCCUUCCCCCGUCCCCAAGGUAGUGAACAAAGCCCUGCCCAAACCAGGGCCUAAUUGAGGCUCUUGAGGGGGGAGGGUUGUAUGACCACCGUGGACUGGGUUCCUGCUCCCCGAGACUACCCCUCCCCAGAAUAUUAGAGGCAGAGGAGUCCUGGUGAGGUCUCACCUAACCCCAUGGUGCGCCUGCCUGAGGCACGUCAUGAGGCAGUGCCAGAAGGGGGCUGGCACCCAGGGAUUCCUGGGGUGCUGGUGUGUGUCCUUUCAGGAGGUGGUAACAUUUGGCGAUGUGGCUGUGCACUUCUCUCGGGAGGAGUGGCAGUGUCUGGACCCUGGCCAGAGGGCCCUCUACAGGGAAGUGAUGCUGGAGAACCACAGCAGUGUGGCUGGACUAGCAGGAUUCCUAGUUUUCAAGCCUGAGCUGAUCUCCCGGCUGGAGCAGGGAGAGGAGCCAUGGGUCCUUGACCUGCAGGGAGCAGAGGGGACAGAGGCACCAAGGACCUCCAAGACAGAUUCUACAAUUAGGACUGAAAAUGAGCAGUCCUGUGAGGACAUGGACAUCCUAAAAUCGGAAUCCUGUGGGACAGUCAUCAGAAUCUCCCCACGGGACUUUCCUCAGAAUCCUGGCUUUGGAGACGUUUCUGAUUCUGAGGUCUGGUUAGACAGUCAUUUGGGCAGUCCUGGGCUGAGAGUGACAGGCUCUACCUUCCAGAAUAACUGUUUGAAUGAGGAGCCUGUGGUUCCCAAGACCUUCAUCAAGGACGCUGCCCAGGGAUGUAAGGAUCUGGGAAGCAGCAUCCUGGAUUGUCAGCCUCUUGAAAGUCAGAGAGAGAGUGCAGAAGGGACAUCCCAGAGAUGCGAGGGGUGUGGCAAAGGCUUCAGAGCCACUUCAGACAUUGCUCUGCAUUGGGAAAUUAAUACACAGAAAAUUAGCAGAUGUCAAGAAUGCCAAAAAAAGUUAUCUGACUGCUUGCAGGGGAAACAUCCAAAUAACUGUCAUGGAGAGAAGCCGUACGAAUGUGCAGAGUGUGGGAAAGUCUUCAGGCUCUGCUCGCAGCUUAAUCAGCAUCAGAGAAUCCACACGGGAGAGAAACCCUUUAAAUGCACUGAGUGUGGAAAAGCCUUCCGCCUGAGCUCAAAACUUAUUCAGCAUCAAAGAAUUCACACUGGGGAGAAGCCCUACAGAUGUGAGGAAUGUGGAAAAGCCUUUGGUCAGAGCUCAAGCCUCAUCCACCAUCAGAGAAUCCACACAGGAGAGAGGCCCUAUGGUUGUCGUGAAUGUGGGAAAGCCUUCAGUCAGCAGUCGCAGCUGGUUAGACACCAGAGAACUCACACUGGGGAGAGGCCCUACCCUUGCAAGGAGUGUGGGAAGGCCUUCAGCCAGAGCUCCACCCUAGCCCAGCAUCAAAGGAUGCACACUGGGGAGAAGGCUCAAAUUCUAAGAGCCUCAGACAGUCCAAGCCUUGUUGCACAUCAGAGAAUUCACGCUGUAGAGAAACCAUUUAAGUGUGAUGAGUGUGGGAAAGCUUUUAGGUGGAUCUCUCGCCUGAGUCAGCAUCAGCUGAUUCACACUGGAGAGAAGCCUUAUAAAUGCAACAAGUGUACGAAAGCCUUUGGUUGUAGUUCACGACUUAUUCGCCAUCAGAGAACUCACACUGGAGAAAAACCAUUUAAAUGUGAUGAGUGUGGCAAAGGCUUUGUUCAGGGCUCACACCUUAUUCAGCAUCAGCGAAUCCACACUGGAGAGAAACCCUAUGUGUGCAAUGACUGUGGAAAAGCCUUCAGUCAGAGUUCCAGCCUUAUUUACCAUCAGAGAAUCCAUAAAGGAGAGAAGCCCUAUGAGUGCCUCCAGUGCGGAAAAGCCUUCAGCAUGAGCACACAGCUUACAAUACAUCAAAGGGUUCACACUGGAGAGAGGCCCUAUAAAUGUAACGAGUGUGGGAAAGCCUUCAGUCAAAACUCAACCCUUUUCCAGCACCAGAUAAUUCAUGCAGGAGUGAAGCCCUAUGAGUGCAGUGAAUGUGGAAAAGCCUUCAGCCGGAGCUCGUAUCUUAUUGAACACCAGAGAAUACACACUAGGGCCCAGUGGUUUUAUGAAUACGGGAAUGCCCUGGAAGGGUCCACCUUUGUGAGCCGUAAAAAGGUUAAUACUAUAAAGAAACUGCAUCAGUGUGAAGACUGUGAGAAAAUAUUUAGGUGGCGUUCACACCUAAUUAUACACCAGAGAAUUCACACUGGGGAGAAGCCUUAUAAAUGCAAUGACUGUGGCAAAGCUUUUAAUCGGAGCUCACGGCUUACCCAGCAUCAAAAAAUUCACACGGGAUAAACCACAUAUGUAUAAACGUGUAUAUAUGUGAAUAAACCUACAGCCUUAACUUA